ACUCUGCCCAAACAAUUCCUAGGGCACAUGCCUCCUCUCCAUAUUUUAACAGAAACAAAACAAAAACUUAGAAAAAGAAGAGAAGGGAGAUAAACAAGUAAAUGAUAGGACAAAGAGGACAAAGCUGCUAUUGAAUCAUGUCAAGCGAUAAGUUCAAUUGGACACUGUGAAGACAAUAAUAUCAUAGAGCAUCUAUUAUUAUUUGAUUUCCUUUUAGAAGACAAAACAAAUCAAGAACAAUUAGACUCUUGGCGAGAUGACGAUCGAGCACGCCGCGCAAAACGAAUCGCAAGCCUCCACCAUUUUUCUCCACACCUCUUUUCAUCAUUUGUGGUAGGAGUAAGAAGUGCCCACACGCGGCUCAGAAAAGCUUCAAUCAUCGCUCUUCUUCACUUGUACCGCCACGCGCUUCAUCUCGCGUCUCAUACUCUCCACUUUCCGUCUCUGCAAUUCCCGCUUCACCAAAACCUUAACCCUAACAGCUCUACUCUCUCCUCCAUCUGCACGUUUAAUGGACCACGAUGACAACGGUAACAUCAAUAACAGCAGCAGCAAUCUUUUCUCCAAUGAUGACGACGAUCAUCUCCUCGAUUUUGAUUUAAACCCCAGCUCCUCUCUCCAAAACUACUUCUACAGUUUUUCACCGAGUGGUUUUAUUAUUUAUCCCGCUUUUCGUGAAGAAGAUGACCGACUCAAACUCUACCUUGUUCCGUACAGGUGGUGGAAGGAGGCACAACAACUUGUUGCUGAUCAAAAAGGAGGAGGUGGUGUUGUGUAUCGAGUUUCAUCUAACUGUGACACUGAUAACUUCCAGAUUGUGCUCGAGUUGAAGAAGCUAGAGUCGUUUCAGGAGAGUGGUAAUGGAAAUAAAGACGGUUCUUUGGGCUGCGAGUAUGCAUUGCUUCCUGAAGGGAUUUGGUUGCGGGCUCUUAAAUGGCAUAAUGAUAUUAAAUUAGCAUCGGGGAACGUGGGGAGUCCUUUCAUUGCAGGCAGUUAUUUGCAGGAUGUGUUUCCAUUGCAAAUUAGGCUUUCUGUUCUGCUGGAAACAAAUUCAUUGGUAGUUAAGAUCAACUUAAAGGACAAUAAGGUUAACCUUUACAAGAGAGCCUACGAUAUAUUCAUUUCUGUGUCCGAACAGCUCUUUAUUUGGGACUUCUCAGGGCAUACAACACAGUUUUUUAUGAAUGAUAGAGUCAAUUUGUCGAAUGAUUUCACAGGACAAAGUGAAGAGAUUCUCCUUGAAUUGCAAGUCCAUGGAUUCUCUGAUUCUUUGAAGGAGAGCACUGAUGAUAUGAUAGAACACCCCAAUACAAGUGAUUCUUUCUGUCAUGGUUCAUUUAAGAUGAAUGGCAUUGUUGAUAACCUGAGUCCUUAUACAAUACCUUCCACCUCAAUUUGUGGAAGUGGAGGAUUCAGUUUCUUAGGCUUGACGGGUUUACAAAAUCUUGGAAAUACUUGUUUCAUGAAUAGUGCAAUCCAGUGCUUGGCUCAUACCCCAGAGCUUGUUGAUUACUUCCUUGGGGACUACCAAAAAGAGAUUAAUUAUGAUAAUCCGUUGGGACUAAAGGGUGAACUUGCUUUAGCAUUUGGAGAUCUAGUGAGAAAAAUAUGGUCUCCAGGAGCAAUGCCAAUAGCUCCAAGAAUGUUCAAGUUAAAACUUGUUAAUUUUGCCCCUCAAUUCAGUGGCUAUAAUCAGCAUGAUUCUCAGGAAUUCCUUGCUUUUUUGUUGGAUGGACUCCAUGAAGAUCUGAACCGAGUUAAAUGCAAGCCAUACAUAGAAGCCAAGGACACUGAGGGACGCCUGGAAAAAGAAGUAGCUGAAGAAUAUUGGCGAAAUCACCGAGCUCGCAAUGACUCCAUCAUAGUUGAUUUAUGUCAAGGUCAGUACCGGUCAAUGUUGGUCUGCCCUAACUGCAAGAAGGUUUCUGUCACAUUUGAUCCACUUAUGUACCUUUCACUACCUUUACCUUCCACAACAAUGCGGACUAUGACUGUGACAGUUUUUAGCAGUGAUGGAAGUACAUUGCCUAUUCCGUUAACUGUAACUGUGCCAAAGUAUGGGAGAACUAAGGAUCUGAUUGAGGCCUUGAACAUUUCAUGUUCAUUAAGAGAUGAGGAAACUCUUGUGGUGGCUGAGAUAUACAAGAAUCAAAUUUUUCGUUUUCUGGAGGAACCAUCUGAUUCUUUGGCCUUGAUAAGAGAUGAAGACAAACUUGUGGCUUAUCGAUUACCAAAAGAUAAUGAAGCAUCCUCCUUGAUUGUAUUCGUGCAUCGAAGAAGGGAGUCAGAGUCUUAUGUUCUUCGUAGGUCAACUUCACAUUUAGUGCAAUUUGGCACACCUCUUGUAGCAAGGUUAACUGAUCUUACCAAUGGAUCUGAGAUCUGUAAUAUGUUUCUGAAAUUACUUGAUCCAUUUUUAAUGCCUGUGGAAGAUGUAUUAAUUGACUUGGAUGAUACGGGGAAUAUAGAUGAUGAAGAUACAGUGGCAGAGGAUUCUUAUAGCCCAACAAUCUUAGAUAAUGAUGCUGGCUCAGAUACUGAAAUAGGAGAUGAAAUACUUUUGAGCCCUGACUUUCAGCUCUACUAUAUGGGUGGACAAGAAGAAACACAAAUUAAAAUGAAUGAGCCGAUAUCAAUCUCAGAGUUCAACAAGCCAUUGAAUAUAAUUGUUAAUUGGUCAGAUAAGAUGAGUGAAAAAUAUGAUACACAUCUUCUCAGCUCAUUGUUGGAUGUUUUCAAGCCCCAGUUGUGGACCAGGAAGCCUCAAGAAUCUGUUUCUCUAUACAAAUGCCUAGAAGCCUUCUUGAAAGAGGAGCCCUUGGGACUAGAAGACAUGUGGUACUGCCCCAGGUGCCAGAAGCACCGGCAAGCCAGCAAAAAAUUAGAUCUUUGGAGAUUGCCUGACAUUUUGGUUAUUCAUUUAAAGAGGUUCUCAUACAGUCGGUAUCUUAAGAGCAAGCUGGAAACAUAUGUUGAUUUUCCAAUUGAUGAUCUUGAUCUCUCAACUUACAUUUCCCACAAAGACAGCCAAUUAUCCUAUCGCUAUGUCCUGUAUGCAAUAAGUAAUCACUAUGGAGGCAUGGGAGGUGGUCACUACACUGCAUUUGUUGAUCUUGGGCAUAAGAGGUGGUUUGAGUUUGAUGAUGACAAGGUUUACCCUGUCAGUGAAGAGCGGAUUAAGACGUCAGCAGCUUAUGUUCUUUUUUAUAGGCGAAUCUUGGAUGUCUAACAUAAAAUAGAUGUACAGUUGUUACCCAAUUUGGAAAUCAAGACUUAGAUUAGCUGUUACCUUCAUGCCGAGCAGAAAUUGGCAACACAGAGGAAAGAAAUAGUUUUAAACACUGUACAGUUUGGAAAAAUGUGGCAGUAAAAGAUUAAAGUUAUUGGCAAAUACUUCAUCUUACAUGUUGAAAUUUCAGUCAAAUUUUCACAAUGGGGGCUACUUCACCCUCUUGUACAUACAGAUUUCGCCUCUACCAAACCUCUCUGCUUUUCUCUCUCUUUGGUGGUAAUAUUUGGUUGCUACUGGUAACUAUGUCAAUGGUGAAGGAACAUUUAAUAGGAAUAGGUGUCAUUCUUGUUCGAGAAAGCAUUCAAUUCGGUUGGAUACGCCUAUUUAUGUUUAUCCAAGUAUGAUACAACGCGUGGAGUAUAUAUAUAUUUUUUAUGGGUCAUUGAUGUGUGUGUGUAUGCACAUCUUGUAUCAGUGUUUAGAUGGAUACAAUGUGAUUUGUAUGGAGGAAUUUUUCUUCCUUGUGAAUGCUAAAAGAUUACAAUGCGAAUUUGUUGAUGAAGAAUGAAAAUAUGCAUGCGUUAGCAGGAGGAUAGCCUCAACUUUACAGAGUAAA